GAGACCUCUGAAGGAUAUGUGAGCUCCUGAGAGGAAGUUUGGGAAGGGGGGGUGUCUGCACUGAGACUGAUCCAGAAUCAGAUUUAUGGAAGGCAGCUGUUGAGGGUUUGACAGACAGACGGAUCGGAGCACUGCUGCAUAACACAAUCAGAUUCGAGUCUGCAGAGGAGUGUGUCAGCUCAUUCUAAAACAGCAAGGAUGGUGCGUGAGCAGUACCUCACCACCACAGAUGAGUCUGGGGCUCUGGCUCCAGUCAAUGAGUACAUCUACAUGAUCGGCAUCUACGGCUGGAGGAAACGCUGCCUCUAUCUGUUCGUUCUGCUUCUCCUCAUCAUUCUGGUGGUGAACUUUGCCCUCACGAUCUGGAUCCUGCGAGUCAUGUGGUUCAAUACGGAAGGCAUGGGAUACCUGCAGGUCAAUGAAGAUGGACUGAGACUGGAGGGAGAAUCUGACUUUUUGUUCCCUGUCUAUGCCCAGGAAAUUGACUCCAGAGAGGAUUCAGCUCUUCUGGUGCACUCCUCUGAAAACGUUACACUCAAUGCCCGCAAUGCCAAUGGUGAUGUAACAGGAAGUGUGUCUGUAGGUCCCAGUCAGGCCGAGGGUUUUGGCCAACACUUUAAUAUCAGUUCCAACCAUGAUGAAAAUGUAUUUUAUGCAGAUGUAAAUGGAGCCGUUGUGGGAAAAGGAAAGCUCCGUGUAACAGGUCCAGAAGGUGCUAUCUUUGAGCAUUCUGUCAGGACUCCAAUGGUCAAAGCAGUACUUAACAAAGAGCUAAAACUAGAGUCUCCAACACGCUCUCUCAGCAUGGAUGCCCCAAAAGGCGUUCACGUCAAAGCCUUGGCUGGAAAUGUUGACGUGACAGCACACUUUGAUAUUCAGCUACACUCAACUGCAGGACUGUUGAUUUUAGAUGCUGAAAGCGUUCGUCUGCCGACGUUACCUGUGGGAGAAGCCAGAACGUCAGGUGACUCUCAGGGAAUGUACAACACAUAUGAAGUGUGCGUUUGUCCCAGCGGUAAGCUCUUCGUCUCCAGAGCUGGCGUCUCUUCGACCUGCAGCGAGCGCCAGGACUGCUGAAUGACCUUCUGUCCUUAACGCCCACACUAGAAACACAUUGUGUUGUUACAUUGUAUAGGGCAAGGUUAAAAAACCCCAUCACGAUAUGUAUUAACAUGUUACUGAAGAUCAGAGGUGUACAUUCAUGUUUGGUUGGGGUUUUAUCAUGAUAGGGAAGAUGAAAUAUGCAGUAUAUACAACACACACCCAUGGCAAUUUGUAACUAUUUAUGUUUUGGUGAAUUGGUGGUUAUAAAUUCAAACCUAAUAAAUUCAAAUUUAAUUCUUAUGUUUCCAUACAAUCUGCCUAACUCCUCACCGACGUUUAGGUUUAAGGGAGGACCCUUAUGAUUAUUAUUAUUAUUUUUUAAAUAUGUCUAUGUAUGAAUCACAUUGUAUGAAUUCAUACAAAAUCGCCUUGUAAAAUAGUUACAUUUUCUAAUGAGAUCGGGGUGUGUAGACUGCUUCAUUUUUCUCCUUUUUUUGUAUAAAAAUUGUUCAAAAUUAGGCUGGGCAAUAAAGGGGCUGGUAAACAGCUGACAUCCUAAGCAAUAUAAUUUUGAGGUGCAAUAAAUACCCAAAUUCUGUGUGAUGCAUAUCAGCUAGUUAUUGUUUAAAGAUGCGCUCAUUAAUAGAGAAAUUAUUACAAAUAAAACACUUAUGUGCUUCUCCGAGGGUUAUGAUAUAUACUUCUGAAAUCAGUUUAAUUUCAACUUUUUUUUUAUUAAGUCAUGCAUAAUAAUACAUUUCUGUCUGAAGAACUGCACUACCCACAAUCCUGAAGCAGUAGCUUUGAAUUCUUCUGUUAAGCAUUGCAAUAUAAUCUAAUCCAAAUGUCUCUCAUUUUUGUCAAAUGGCAAAAUCUAUGUGUCAAGUGCCAAAACAGCUGGGGUAUUGAGAGUAACCACAUUCUGUUCUGUAUGUAAAACAUCAACAUAAUUGAUCUAGUAAAAAAAAAAAAAAACUACUGUAAGAUAUAAAGUGCUCUUGGUUUGAUAUCAGAUUAGGCAUCUCCAUUUAUUUCAUAUAAAUGUAUAUGAAAUAAUACAAGUAUCAAAAUGGUAUAAUUUACCUAUGGCAGCUUGAAACUUUGGGAUGUGUGUUUUCUCAGAAUUGUUUUGCAUAUGUUCUGUUUGAAAAUGCUGAGAGUGCUUAUGUUUGUAUAUACGGUACAUUGGUUGGGAAUCUUCACAUUUAUUCAUCAGUUGUAUAUUAUAUUUUGGUUGAUGUAUAUUUCUUCAAUGGGAAAUCUCAUAUUUUGAGGUUUACAUAGGUAAAGUAAAUAAUUACAAUACUAACCUUUGAAUGAUAUUAUAGUUUAACUAUAAAGCAUGUA